AUCUUCCCCAAUCUGCUCGUUCUCCUCUAAUCAAAUCGACGAAUUUUCCCACACCACGAUCUUCCUCUUCUGAAACCCUAAUCGGAUGGGGGAGGCCAUGGAAAGAAGCACCUCUAUCACCACCAACGUAAGCACGACUUCCAUGGAGAAGAUCGAUCAGGUGGCGAGCUGGGUCAGCGCCACCGUCAUCUCCGCUUUCUUCAAUUCCCUCGAACGCUGUUCCUGCGUCAAUCUCUCAACCUCCCAUGACGACGAAGACGAAGACGGCGAGGAGUCUUACCACCGUCCCCUUGCUCUAUCCGCCGCUCCUCAUCCAAACGACAUCGUUUAGCUCCGUUUUGACCUCCGGUAAUGAAAUCUUUUCGUUGUAAUGCUAUGGUAAUUUCAGACGUUUUGAAUUGUAAAUGUGAGACUCGACAUUUGAAUUUUUUUAAAAAAAAUGUUCUGUUUGUUUUUACCUGAUUAUACUUGGUUUUGAAUGAAUACCAUAUGUUUGAUG